AUGAUGGUCCGACGAGGAUUUAUUCUAUUUCUCCCCCGACUUGUAGGCCUGCUGGUAGUGGCCUGUUGCUCUGUGUCUAUUGUUUAUAUGCUGGCUUGCACACCGAAGAGUGACAACCAGCAGCUUGCCUUGCCCAGGGUGCACAGUCCAACUGUGAAGGAGGGAUACGAAGCCAUUCUGCAAGAGCGAGAAGAGCAACACCGCAACUACAUCAUCAGCUUGAAGAAACAAAUUGCCCAGCUGAAGGCUGAGCUCCAGGGCAGGAGUGAGCAGCUUAAGAACGUGCAGGACCGGUACCCAGACCCCUUGGAUGUACGGCUCGAUCACAGUAACCCAGAGAAGGCCCAGGCUAACCUGCUAGCUUUCCUCCGCUCCCAAAUAGACAAAGCAGAAGUGCACAGCGGUGUUAAGCUGUCUACAGAGUAUGCGGUCGUGCCCUUUGAGAGCUUUACCCUGCAGAAGGUGUACCAGCUGGAGACAGGGCUGACACGCCACCCAGAAGAGAAACCUGUAAGGAAGGAUAAGCGAGAUGAGUUGAUAGAGGUGAUCGAAUUAGCCAUUGGGAGUUUGAACAAUCCAGAAGGGGAUGGCAAUGCGAAACACCGUGUACACACAGCCUCUGACUUCAUUGAAGGGAUCUACCGAACAGAAAAAGACAAAGGCACCUUGUAUGAGCUGACUUUCAAAGGAGAUGUAAAACAUCAGUUCAAGAAGAUUGUUUUAUUCCGGCCAUUCGGUCCUGUAAUGAAAGUGAAAAAUGAAAAUGUUAAUAUAGGUGAUACACUUAUUAAUGUCAUUGUGCCACUGGCCAAGAGAGCCAGCAAAUUUCGACAGUUCAUGCAGAAUUUCAGGGAAAUUGAUGGGAGAAUUCACCUCACUGUAGUUUACUUUGGAAAAGAACAGAUGAAUGAAGUCAAAUCCAUACUUGAAAAUACCUCCAAGUCAGCCAACUUCAAGAACUUUACUUUCAUCCAGCUGAAUGAAGAAUUUUCCAGGGGCAAAGGAUUAGACAUUGGUGCUCGAUUUUGGAAAGGAAACAAUGUUGUUCUCUUUUUUUGCGAUGUGGACAUAUACUUCACAGCUGAAUUCCUGAACUCCUGUAGACUGAACACACAGCCAGGGAAGAAAGUGUUUUAUCCUGUUCUCUUCAGCCAGUAUAACCCCAGUAUAAUUUAUGGACACCAUGAUUCCAUCCCAUCUUUAGAACAGCAGCUGGUUAUUAAAAAAGAAACUGGAUUUUGGAGAGACUUUGGAUUUGGGAUGACUUGCCAGUACAGAUCUGAUUUUAUCAACAUAGGUGGCUUUGAUCUGGACAUUAAAGGCUGGGGUGGUGAAGAUGUACAUCUGUACCGCAAAUACCUUCACAGCAACCUUAUCGUGAUCCGAACGCCUGUCAGGGGUCUCUUCCAUCUGUGGCACGAAAAGCAAUGCCUGGAUGAGCUGACGCCAGAGCAGUACAAAAUGUGCAUGCAGUCCAAGGCCAUGAACGAGGCGUCUCAUGGCCAGCUUGGGAUGCUUGUUUUCAAGCAAGAGAUUGAGACACACCUGCACAGACAGAAACUUAGCAGUAAGAAGACAUGAAGCCAGAAA